AUGUCGCUGCCGGAUAUGCUGGGCGGCGCGUCCGAGUGUGGCCCUGUGAACCCCAUGCAGCAGCUGGGAAAACGAUUUGGCCAGGACCGUGGGGCUCAGUUCGAUCAGCUGCGUUCAGCUGGCGAUAUGAGCGGAACGCGGCCCAGCGGCUUCCGUACGCGUCGUGGGGCGCCGGACGAUCCCGCGUUCUUUUCGCGCGAUACGGCGCCUGCGCCAUUCCAGGUGCAGGAACUGCGUCAGGCGCUCCCACCUCUUGUCGCACAGCCCGCGUGGCAGGCGCCGCAGACAUGGGAGCCAUCGUUUGAGCACAGUCGGGCCUCGAGUGCGGCGCCGGCGUGGGCGCAAGACUUUAUGCAGGCGGGUGCGAUGCCUGCGCAGAGUGCCAAGGCAAGUCCCAGAACAAUGAAUGCGCCGCUGAGUGCGCCUGUAGGAUCGGCCAAGACUGUGCCUGCCGCGCCUCUCACGCAGUUCCGGCGCCCCUUCCCGGCGAUGCCGCCGCCCAUGGUGGCGCAUGCGCGUCCUCGGAUGCAGGCGACAGCGCCGAGUGAUGCGCUCGAGCAUAUGAGCCAGUCCGUGUGGGACUCGGCGUUCACGGCAGUGGACACGCAGGAACCUGCUGUGACGCAGGCCGAGCGCACGUCGGAGCUCGACCACAUGAGCGCGGACGACCUAGCCGAGGCUGCUGGGCGUCUGCUGGAAUCUGUGCAGCAUGACCAGAGCGACAAAUUCAAGCAGAGCGAGUUUCUUCGGCUCAUGGAAAAGCUGCGUGACCGCCAGGCGGAGGUGCGUGGCUCGGACAUUGUCGAUAAAGGCAAAAGCAAGGCCGCGGAAGGCCCACCGUCGCAGGCGGACCUCGAUACUAUGCUGCGCCAGGCUUCGCCAAUGCUGUCGCGUACGGGCCAGCCUCAGGUGGCGCAUCCGCAAGCCCAAACGCAGCUGCAGGAAUUCUGGAUCGAGGAGGAUGCAGCGCGCGAAAAGCCCCUGCACACACGCACGUUCGUGGGCGAUGGCGGCGAUGUUGCCGCGCGCAUGCGUGAGGAUGAUGCGCUUAUGGCGCAGGAACUGCGCGCGCAGGACAGUGACGAUCUGAUUGCACGUGAGUACAACAAAUGGACGUCGAUGGGCGCGAACGUGGGCGGCGCGCAAGCAGGCUGGGAAGAGGAGAUGAAUGCCAAGGACUUUGUCGGUCGCGCGUGGGACGGCACACAGGGCCGUGGUCGACUCAGUGCGCAAAAUGGCGAAUGGGAGAAACUACAGAACGACUGGGACGAAUUCGAGUCGCUGGAAGACGGGAUGCACCCCACCGUCGCGCAACGCGUGCAGGUACCAUUCCCGUACCAGGCGCCGGAGUACCGCUUCCACGACGCGAACCCGUAUGCGGACGCGCUGCACCGCUCUGCGCGGGCACCGACCGUGUUUGACUCGGUGCUGGAGCACGAGGCGGCCGUGCAAGCGGAUCCGCGCGACGCCGCCAAGUGGUACUCGCUCGGCCUGCGGCAGCAGGAAAAUGAGCGUGAAAAGCAGGCCAUAUCAGCGCUGCAUAUGGCCCUCAAGAUCGAUCCGAAACUGAAAGACGCAUGGCUUGCCCUGGCGGUCAGCUAUACCAACGAAAACGAGCGCGACGAGGCGCUCGAGGCGCUCGAGUGCUGGAUCGACGUCAAUGAUACCUAUCGCGGCAUCGUGCAUAAGUUCGGGCGCUCUCACGACCAGCAGACCAAGAGCCGGCACACCCAGCUGACGCAGAUGCUCAUGGCCAUGGCCCGUGCGGGCGUCUCGGACGGCACCGCACCGAUCGACGCGGACAUCCAGGUAGCGCUGGGUGUGCUCUUCAACGCAUCGGGCGAGUACGAAAAGGCUGUCGACUGCUUCUCGGCCGCGCUGAGCGUGCGUCCCGAUGACUGGAUUUUGUACAACCGCAUUGGCGCGACGCUGAGCAACUCGGGACGCUCCGAAGAAAGUUUGCAGUACUACCACCAGGCCCUGUCGCUGCGCCCCGACUUUGCGCGCUGCCACUUUAACACGAGCAUUUCGUGCCUGAAUCUCAAGCAAUACCAGGAGGCCGCCGAGCACGCCUUUACCGCUUUGCACUUGCAGCACGCGUCGCAAGACAGCGACCCUUCGGAUACACAGAGCUCUAGCGUGUGGGAGAUUCUGCGCGUAUCACUCGAGCUCAUGCGCCGCCCUGAUCUCGCGAGCCUCUGUGCGACGCGCGACGUGAAUGCCAUCCGGCUCGAGGACAUCGUAGGCUCCGCUCACGAUCGCUCGACACGCCUCAUGGACGUGUCGUCGCUCGCGCGGCAGGCCCUCAGCGAGUCGGGUCGCCCCGAGGAGGCGAUCACCGUCAAUCAGCGUGCACUGAUUGACAAGAUCCUUGCGCGCUACUCGGCAGAGUUUACCGUAUUCCGCGAGCUGCUCCAGAACGCCGACGACGCCGGCGCCACCGAAUGCGAGCUCCGCUUCGCGACGAGUGCGACUGUCGCCCAUGCACAGGAGCCGCCUCGGCCACGCACGACGGUGCCUGAUACCAAGGCCCCGCUGACGCAGUGGACCUUUCGCAACAAUGGCAAGCCCUUUAGUGGCGACGAUUGGCACCGCUUACGCCGCAUCGCUGAAGGCAAUCCUGAUCCCGACCGCAUCGGCGCAUUUGGCGUGGGCUUCUACUCGCUCUUCAGCGUGUGUGAGGAGCCCAUCGUACUCAGUGGCGACGAGCUGAUGGGCUUUUUCUGGAAGGGCGACGCGCUCUUUACGCGCCGUGCGCCGGCACCACCUACGCCGCCGUCUGCGUCCGGCGCGCCAUGGACCACCUUUCUUAUGGCACUGCGCGAGCCGACGCCGUUCCCCGAAUCGCCCCUGGCGCUCACCCAGUUCCUUAUGACAUCUCUUACAUUCACGCACCACGUAUGCAGCGUGGCCCUGUACCUUGACGAUGUGCUGCUAUGCUCCUUAGAAAAGAGCACGGGAUCCACCAUGGCACUUGCGCCGUCGCGCCAUCUGAAGAGCACGAGCCCCGAGGGCAUGCUACGUGCGCUCACCCUGCAUACGAGUCCUUUGCGCCUGCACGCGCGUGUUGCGCGCCUCGUGCUGCGAGAGGCGGCAGCCGCCGCUGCGCAGGAGUCGUCAUCCUUGCGCCAGACCAUCGCGUCCGCCUUCUCCAAGACGGCCGGCGCAGGCGCGAGCAUUGCUGGCAUGCUCGCUGGGGCGUUUGGCCGGUCGAGCUCGCGGCCGAGCCCUGGCGUCCCCACCGAACCUGCUGUGGACGAUGCUGCAGAGGUUGAAACAGUUCCCGCGACAUUACUGCUCCGCCUCAUGUCAGCCCAGCUGCAGGUGCACGUCGCCGGCGCCUUUGCGCGUGAGAUUGAGCGGAGCACGAAAAAGUCCCUGCCCCGCGCCACGCCCCUGCACAUGGUCUACAUGGGUAAGGACGAGCUGGAUGCCCUGGAUGUGCCUACCGACUCGGCGACCAUCGAUGCUCACAUCCGCGCCAUCUUUGAUGGUGUCAUGCCCAAGCUCGACUCGCAAGGCCGCAUCUUUAUCGGUUUCCGCACGCACCAGACGACGGCCUUUGCGGGUCAUAUGGCCGCGCGCUUUAUUCCAACCGUCGAGCGCGAGUCAAUGGACUUUGUCGAUCGGUACUGCGCCGCGUGGAACAUGGAGCUGCUCGCUAUGGGUGGCUAUGUCGCGCGCGCUGUCUAUGAGCAUGAGAUGCAGCGUCUCGGUGCCCAGUGGUCCGACAACCAGGACGUCCAGGCGGCCCUGCACGCCGGUGCUCUGCACACGAUGCGCUUCUUCUCGUUCCACCGCUCGUCACCCUCAGCGCGUGUAUCAAGCGCACUCGAGCAGGCCUUCUUCGCGUGCUGCCAGCGCCCAUGCAUCUCGCUCCUGUCGACCGAGGGCCUGCGCUCCUCCGAGGCGGUGCGCUUUCCCAGCGCCAUGCUCGCCGACUUUUGCCGCGAGAUCCCUGUCAUACCUCCUGCCCACGUUGAAGGGGCUGACGUCUUUGUCUUGCAGCUCCGCCGGCGCUCACUCGUGCUGGAUAUUACGAUGGACGACGUGUUUGCCGAGCUCGCGCGCCGUCCACUUGCGGCCGAUGAGAUGAUCGCGUGUCUCCAGUGGUGGUGUCGCGUGGCGGAGCACCCUUCGUACGAGCCAUCACUACUGCGCCAGCUCGUACGUGCCGCCGUCGUCACCACCGACGACGGCGUCCAAGCCCUGAGCGAUGUGGAAACUGUGCUGCAUACCGGCAAACUACCGCCCACUGUACCACUGCCCCCUACGUGUCUCGUUUAUACCGUAUCGCGGCCAUUUUCACCCGCCGACUUGUGCCGCGUGUUUGGCUGGCGCGAGUUGUCCGUCGCUGCCUGGGUGCACUAUAUUGUCGAGCUCGAUCGCUCGUCCGCUGCUGAUGUGCGCGCCUCACAUGGACUCACACAGAGCGCUGCCCAGGCCGAGACGGUGUUCAGCACGCUCGCCUGGGCUUGGGGCCACCUCCCCAAGCCACAGGCAACCGAGAUUGUGCAGCUGCUGCGCCCUCUCGCCUGCAUACCGACGCGCGCAGGCAUGAAAUGCCCCACAGAGGCGUACUUUGCGUCAGUCUCCCUGUUCCAGGACCUUCCUGUGGUGGCGUUCCCCACACUCACCGUUCGAGGCCCCCUCGAAAAGGUGCUCGAGGCCCUAGGUGUGCGCCGCCAUGUUGAGAUCCAGCUCAUCUUCGAUCGCCUCUUGGCCGCAGGCGACUGGUCGCACAUGGACCUCGUUGCGUACCUCGCCAAGCAGCGCUCGCACCUCACCGCGCGUGAGAUGGAGCGCCUCACAGAGACGCCCAUCUUUCCUACCGAGAGCGACAGCGCGCGCCAUAAGGCGUCGCAGCUAUACGAGCCAAGCGACGCACUGCGACAGCUCCACGUCCCCAUUCUGGCGUGGCCCGGUCGCACUUGGCGUGCAUCGUCUGACGAGGCCAAGCUGCUCUGGGACCUGGGAUUGCGCCGCCACCCACCCCUGUCGCUGCUGCUCGCGCGCGCGGCAGGCGAGCCGCUCCCAGCACCCGUGUCCGACGCGGAUGCCCACGCUGUGCGCGCUUAUGCGCUAACCUACCUCUUGCAGCACUUUGCCGUGUACCGCACAGUGUACUCGCUGGACGUCGCUGCGCCGUACGCAUUUGUUCCGGCGCGCGAUGGCGCGCUGUAUGCGCCGACCCACGUGUACACUGAUACCGCUGCGGCGUCGAUGCACUUUCCCGUGGCCGACGUCGCGCCGCUGGACGCUGUCCAGUUGCAGCUCCCAGCACAUCCCCGCGGGGCCGAGCUAGUGCAGCGGCUCUCGAAUGCGCCUCCGUCUGCCGACGAUGCGCGCGCUAUCUUCGGUUUCCUGAGCGGUGUGCGGACCCUUUCGGCCAGUGAGCUCGAGCAGCUGUCGCGCACGCCGUUUGUGCCUGUAUCACAGCAGAAGCGGCAUGCGGCACCGUGUGAAUGCUACUUCGUCGGCACGUCGCAUGCGCCGCCCGAGUACCAGGCUGUCUUUGCGUAUGUGGACUUUGGGACGACGGCCAAUGCCUUUUUGCGCGCGUGCGGUGUCCGGGACGAGCCGAGUGUGCCUGACGUCGUUCACAAGGUCCUCGCGGACCCUCGGCGCUUUUACGAGCUGUGCCGGCGCCCCGAUACCUAUGUGGACAUGCUGCGCCGCAUUGCGCAACACCUGCAUGAACUUCCCUCUGCGCUGGUAUCGACGAUGAAGUCGGCGCCCUUCCUACUUGGCCUCCAGUCAACAUCGCGCGGCGACGAGGCCCCUACCGAGACGCAUGCACUUCGGUGCGCGCGGGACUUGGUGAUUGUCGACGAUGCACAUGCGCACAUGCUCUUUGGAGAGCAUAUUUUUGCAGCACCACACGACGAGGCACUCGAGCCACUGUACGCCAAGCUUGGCGCGCCGUACCUGAGCCAGCUUGUGCGUGAGUCAUUUGCGGUGGCCGGCCGCCUCCAAUCUGAUACGCCGCGCACCCGCAUGGUGCACGACACGCUGCUAGAGCGCACGCCUUUGUUCCUAUUCCAGCAAAAAGAAGUCGUGCGGGAUCUCGACUGGCUGCGCAGGGCACUCGUCGUGGUCGAGGUCGGCCCGCCUGGUCUUCAGCAGACGCGCGUGCUUCAGCACCAGGGCCAGACAUUCAAGGAUGUCCAGCGGUGCUCGGCCAUGGCGCAGACCCAGGGGUCGCAGUGGGUACUGCAUGUGGCACAGGACAUGGACAUUGACUGGUUCGAGGUCGCACUCGCACUGUCCAAGGCUAUGCUCGCUAAGCAGCCACUGCAGGAAGUCCUGCUCUUCAUGACCGUCUUGUCGUCGCCCCUCAAGAGUCUCAAGCGCAAAGGGUUCCAUGUGGACAAAAUUCUCGCACAGCAGCGCCCCUCGCAGACUCCUACUGCGCCGCCGCCCCUCGUCGCCAGUGAGCCUGCAUGGGACAGCUGGCAGAAGCAGCUGCUCCAGAUGUUCCCGGACGCACAGCCCGCGUAUGUCGAUCGGCUGCUUCGCUCGUUCCAGGAUGCUCAUAUGCAGCGUGCCAGUGAGGCCAUGCUGUCGCAGGGGUACCCGAAGGUGGCUCCCCCCCCGCCAAGCAAGCCUGUACCAGAUGUGCCGCCCAAGGCCAUCGCCCCUGCCAAGCCUGACGCGCCUGCGGGACCGCCGCCCCUGCCGCCCAACCCUGGCCCGCUGGGCGGCUCACUCUUGCAGCAGUGGAAAGCCCGCUUCACUGGCCGGCCGGCCGCUGCGCCGCCCGUGCGCCCAGCAUCGGACGGUGCGUACGUGGCACCCACAGCCGAUAUCCAGCGGCAUGUGCAGCGUGCGAUCGAGGCGUCACGGCCGGACUCCUCGUCCGUCAUCCAGUCGCAAUCCUCGAAGCAGGUGCAUGAAGCCGCGACGUCAUACUGCGAUGUAUCAGGACUCGACCUUGACUUAUGCCUGGCUGGAAAAGUGCAUGAGAUGCAGGUGUUUGUGAGCCGCGACUUGACUUCAGCGUCCGUGCUGACGCAAUACGCCGGUGCGCUGGAGCGCCUCAUCCACCAUGUGUACCGCCCUAUUGGCGCCAUCUUUGGUAUUGAUCCGCGGUGCCUCAAUGUAUUUUGCGAUACGAAGGGCCCCUCAAUCGCAUUCAACCGGGGUGGCACGAUUUUCCUGAAUUUGCGCUACUACCUGGCCUGGCACGACGCUGAUGUACAGGCAGGGCGCCUCGCCCCGGCCCUCGUCUCAGUGUAUUUCAGCGUGGCGCAUGAACUCGCCCACAAUCUCGUCGCCGCGCACAAUGCCGAGCACGAGUUUUACUUCUCCAGCGUCGCGGAGCACUUUGUCAUGGCGACAGCGGCGUUCAGCACGGCGGAUGAGGCCAUCCUCGAGCACAGGGUCGAGCUCGACCCGGCGGCCGUGGAAGCUACGGCCGCCGCAUCAGGGAGCCAGGUAACUGAGCUGUACGACAUCCCUGCUACGGCGGAGCGCCUCGUGUUCCAGCCCGGCACUCGCACGCCACUCGCGCGGCCGUUCGAGCGCGUAGCCCUCCAAUUCCCCGAUGAAGGCCUCAUUGACGCCGUGCCCGUGUUUCAUGCACUGAGCGAGGCAUUACAUGCCCUAACGUCGACACCUCCCUCGCUCUAUAUCCUCGCUGACACCAGCUACGGCAGCUGCUGUGUGGAUGAAGUGGCAGCUGCGCAUGUGCAGGCCGAUGCCAUCGUGCACUACGGCCAUGCGUGUAUGAGCCCGUACGUAAGAGACCCUAACACCAGAACCGCACGGCUUCCUGCUCUUUACGUAUUUCCCAAGCGUCCGCUCGAUGUCCAGGCCGCCGUGGCCGGUCUGUGCGACGCGGCGAGGCAUCUGGAUAUGCGCGAUCGCCGAGUGGUCGUCCUCACGUACGACGUUGCAUAUGCGCACGCUAUCGAGGCUGUCUAUACGCGCCUGCAAAGCGAGUGGGAGCACACGAUUCCCCUGGUGCUCUCGCGCAUCGAAUGCGGCCUCAACUUCGACACACGGGUCGCUGCGCAUCACCCGAGCGACAAGCCCUGCGGAACGUGUGCGUCAUGCGACUGUGCAUCGCAUCCGCGGCCAUCUGUCCGGGACAUACCCCUGGAUGCGUCAUCGUCGUCGCUUCUCGGAGCCCGACAUGUCCCAUGGCCCCCCGGCACGGACCUCGCGUCGUCAGCCGUUCUGUACCUGGGCGGCGAGUCGCGCGCCCUCACGCACCUGCUCCUAAUGCUCGGCCCCGCACAUCCUGCGUCAUCGUACGAUCCCGUGCGGCAACGAGCGCGCUUGGAAACGGGACAGACGAACCGCCUUCUUAUGCGGCGCUACGCCACGAUCCAAAAGGCGCGCGAUGCGUCGGUCGUUGGCCUCGUGAUUGGCACACUGGGCAUUCACUCGUACCUGCCUCUGCUACAGCAGCUACGGCACAUGCUUACCUCUCCCGUGUCCCGGCGCAAAGUGUACACCAUCAGCGUCGGCAAGCUGAACCCCGCCAAACUCGCAAAUUUUCAGGAAAUUGAUGCGUUCGUGCUUCUGGCAUGCGCAGAAAACUCACUGCUGGAUACGCGCGAGUUUAUGCGGCCCGUCGUCACGCCAUGGGAAAUGAUCCUCGCUGUGCAGGCCCGCGGCGGCAACGAAGUCACAUGGACCGGCGCGUACGAGCUCGAUUUCGCCAAGGUUCUUCGAGAUACCAAGUCCAUGAACAUAAAUGCACCCACCGACGACGACGACCAGCCACACUACUCGUUCGCUACCGGCACCUACGUAUCACGCACGCGCUACGGCGAGGAUCCCGAGGCGCAAGACACCCAAGGAAGCACGAGCCGAGCACUAGAAAAGCUCUCGAUCCAGCCCCAUGAGCUGGCAGUCCGUGAUCCCACGUCCGGUCAGCUCACGAAGGUGCUCGAUAGCGCCGCCCUCGCACGCCGCGGGGAGCGCACGUGGCACGGUCUCGAUCCCAACGAAGGACAGGCACAUGCUGCCACCCUCGAGCAGGGCCUCGAAGGCUUUGCGCAGUCGUACCGCGCCGCGGACGGCACACGCGAAGGAGAUAGCCUCUCGUCCUGGUAG